GCCUGUGGGGUGGCAGUAGCGGGGCGGGUGCGGGGUGUCAGGGAUGCCGCCGCAGCCACCUCCUGGGUUCGGGUCCAGCUCAGGCUCAGCGGGCGCGAGGAAGUGGGUGGCCCGCGGGGCGACAGGCACAGAAGGAGCGCACUAAGCACCUGUCUGCCAUGUCCAGAAAGAAGACCUCCAAGAGCAAGGCGGGCAGUGUGCCCGCUGCCUCCGCGCUGCCUUCCCCCAACGGGGCCCGGCCUGCGCGCCCCGGGACUGCGCGCUCUGGCCACGAGGCGCCGCCUAACGGGCCCCAGCAGCGCGGCCGGCCAUCGCUUGGAGGGGGUGGUGACUUCUACGACGUCGCCUUCAAGGUCAUGUUGGUGGGAGACUCAGGUGUGGGGAAAACCUGCCUGCUUGUGCGCUUCAAGGAUGGUGCUUUCCUGGCAGGCACCUUCAUCUCUACUGUGGGCAUUGACUUCCGGAACAAAGUUCUGGACGUGGAUGGGAUGAAGGUGAAGCUGCAGAUAUGGGACACAGCUGGCCAGGAGCGGUUCCGCAGUGUCACCCAUGCCUACUACCGGGAUGCACAUGCACUGCUGCUUCUCUAUGAUGUCACCAACAAGGCCUCCUUUGACAACAUUCAGGCCUGGCUGACUGAGAUCCAGGAAUAUGCCCAGGACGACGUGGUUCUCAUGCUGCUGGGGAACAAGGUGGACUCUGCCCAGGAACGUGUGGUGAAGAGGGAGGAUGGAGAGAAGCUUGCCAAGCUGUUUACAGGAGUACGGACUGCCCUACAUGGAGACCAGUGCCAAGACAGGCCUCAACGUAGACUUGGCCUUCACUGCCAUAGCAAAGGAGUUGAAACAGCGUACCAUGAAGGCGCCCAGCGAACCUCACUUCCGGCUGCAUGACUAUGUCAAGCAGGAAGGUCGAGGGGCCUCCUGCUGCCAAUCCUGAACCAGACUAAAUUCAGUUCUACUCUGAAGGGAGGGGCUCAGCUCCAGAAGACUGGACAGAAGGUCUACAGCCAGCAGCUACCAAGGACUCCUGCAUCAAGCCUUGCCCCUCCUUUGUCCCAACAGCAAUCUCAAACCUCCAUUCCCAAAAAGCAAAGGUCUUCAGGCCCAAAGAGAGCUUCUUGGAAAUCUGCAGAAUAUGCCAUGACGCUCUGCUGCCCCCUCCUGGGCACUCCUAGAGGGCCAGGCCACAGGCCAACACGUGUACAGUGCCUAACCCCUUAGAAAAGCCAUGUUUUUACCACACACUGCUCAGGCAGGACUCCUGCCUGGGACAGAGCUUCUCUGCUAUUCUUAUUAUCCUUCUGUGUGCCCCAAGGACCAGCCAAAGCUGGCAAGGGCACCGAUGUGGCAAGCCAUUGUUUAGGCCAGGCAACAGCUGAGACGAGGUUGCCAAGCCGUCUUCAUGUUGUAUUAGUAGAGUGACUGAACCAGUCUUUUGAAUGCAAGUUGUUUUUUUUCUUUCUUUUUUUUUAUUUUGAGACAGGGUUUUGCUAUGUAGUCCAGGCUGGCCUCGAAGUCAUGAUGAUCCUCCGGCCUCAGCCUCCGAAGUGCUGAGAUUACAGCCGUGCACCACCAAACCCAGCCUUUUUCAAUUCUAGUGAAUAAAGGUGUACUUUCUGGA